AAUUGGAAGAGGAACCCAACUCAAACCCUAGUCAUCGAUUGUUUCCUAAAAAAAACUCGAGUAUUGUUAUUUCUAGGCCCAUCUCUCUCAUUCAAAAUCGUACAAAAACACUUUUAUCGAUCUCUUCCAAAUCACCGUGACCUCCCUCUACACAGUCAGUCAUUUUACUUCAUUCUUCCUACAAACAGCCACCCCCGCCGCCGGCUAAUCCCCGCCAUAACUCCGCCAUCCACCCUUCGUCAUUUCCCCGUUCUCUUCAAAACCUAUCGAAUAGUCUUCCUGUUUCAAGGCUCAACCGGACAACCACCUUUUGAAUCCCCUUUUCUUCCAUUUAGAGCCAGUUUAAUACUCUCCGCAACUAAAUUACUUGGAGGAUUUCUUCUACUGGAAAAUGGACGCUGAUAACGGUUCAACGAAUGUUAACCCCGAUGACACUCUCAUGGAACUCGAAUCCGCUGAUUCUCAAGCAAAAGAUGAACAAAAAGAGGAUCUCGCUGAGUCUAUGAAGAAUUUGGGCAUUGAAGGAUCAUCGUCUGGGAUUGGGAAUGGAUCAAUUAACUUCAAAAGAAAACCUGUUAUCAUCAUUGUUGUGGGAAUGGCAGGGAGUGGGAAAACAACCCUCCUUCAUAGGUUGGUUGCCCACACACACAUGUCAAAACUUAGGGGUUAUGUGAUGAAUCUCGACCCGGCUGUCAUGACACUCCCAUAUGCUUCUAACAUUGAUAUAAGGGACACAGUCAAGUACAAAGAAGUCAUGAAGCAGUUCAACCUUGGCCCCAAUGGUGGAAUUUUGACUUCUCUUAACUUGUUUGCAACCAAGUUCGAUGAGGUAAUUUCUGUUAUUGAGAAACGAGCAGAUCAUCUUGACUAUGUUCUUGUGGAUACCCCUGGUCAGAUUGAAAUAUUCACCUGGUCUGCUUCUGGUGCUAUCAUCACAGAAGCUUUUGCCUCCACAUUUCCCACUGUAGUUGCCUAUGUAGUUGAUACGCCUCGUGCACAAAAUCCCACUACUUUUAUGAGCAAUAUGCUUUAUGCUUGUAGUAUCCUCUAUAAGACAAGGUUACCUCUCAUCUUGGCAUUCAACAAGGUCGAUGUAGCACAACAUGAGUUUGCCUUGGAGUGGAUGAAAGAUUUUGAGGCAUUCCAAGCAGCAAUAAGUUCAGAUCAGUCGUACACAUCAAAUUUAACUCACAGCCUUUCUCUCGCACUUGAUGAAUUUUACAAUAAUUUAAGAACAGCGGGAGUUUCUGCAGUUUCAGGUGCAGGAAUUGAUGGCUUCUUCAAAGCUGUUGAAGCCAGUGCAGAGGAGUACAUGGAAAACUAUAAGGCUGAUCUUGAUAAAAGACGUGAAGAGAAACAGCGAUUGGAGGAAGAGCGCAGGAAGGAGAACAUGGAUAAACUGAGGAGGGACAUGGAGAAAUCUGGAGGAGAAACUGUAGUCUUGAGCACUGGUUUGAAAGACAGAGAGAUAUGUAAAAGUAAAAGCAAGAUGGACGAGGAAGAUGAGGAUGAAGAGGACGAGGAAAUGGAUGGUGAUGAUGAUGGUGAUUUGGGGAUAUAUACUGAUGAUGAGGAUGCUAUAGAUGAGGACGAGGAUGAAGAGGUUGAUAAGUUUGCCUUUUGAUGCACUUUUUUGACCAUUUGGAUUGUGCAUUGGAACUAGCUCUUGUAUAGGACCUUGACUUCAUUUGGUACAUGCAUACGACCUUAAUUGCCAAUAUAACCAUGCUUGAUUUUGGUGCAAAUUUUGGACUAAAUUAAUGAUGAUUACGAUGACUUGUGACCUGUA